CAGUGAGCCGACUUACAGGCCAUACUUAGUGUAUGAAAGCUGUCUGCUGCCACUACUGUUGAUGUGCUCUGUGUGUGGCGACAGAUGCACCAUCACCAAGAAGUCGACCAGAGGAGGCCAGCUAAGAGUGACAACUAUAUGUGGCACUGGACAUUGGAGAACAUGGGACAGUUUACCCAACAUAUGUGGAACACCACUAAUAAACCUGGUAGUGGCAGGGGCCAUGUUUUUAGUGGUGUCUGCCUGAGGAAAUUCGUGAACUGUUUAAGUUUUAUAAAAGUUCCCAUUCUGUCAUACAGGACGUAUAAGCGUCUUCAAUCCAUUUACAUAUUGCCAGCGGUUGACAAUGUGUGGAAAAAGACUCAAGCACGCCUUUUUGAGAUGCGCACUGGUAAAUCGCUACGGCUGGGUGGGGACGCUCGGUGUUGCUCACCUGGGCACACGGCAAAGUUCGGCUCGUACACUCUCAUGGAUCUUGAGACUAACCAUGUCCUGGAUGUACAGCUUGUACAGAGUAACGAAGUUAAAAACUCCAAUGCUAUGGAACUGGAAGGGUUGAAGCGUGGACUAAGGAACUUGGCGACCAACCACAUGAAGGUUACUGAUCUUACGACUGACAGACAUGUAAAAGUUCGCUGGUUCAUGCGCGAAGAAAUGGAAAAUAUUUGCCACUGGUUUGAUGUAUGGCACAUGGCAAAGGGUGUUAAAAACAAACUGCUGACCCUGGGGAAGAAGAAAGGAUGUGAAGCAGUUGGAAAUUGGGCGCAGUCAAUCGCCAACCACCUCUACUAUCGUGCUGCCUCUAGUGAGGGAAACGGUGACUUGGUUGUUGCAAAGUGGCUUUCAAUUGGGAACCAUGUUGUGAAUCGUCAUGAUGGCCAUGGUGACUUGUUUCAGAGAUGUCUUCAUGGACCGAUAGACAGAAACAAAAAAUGGAUAAAGGCUGAUUCAAAGGCCCAUAAAGAGCCCCUCUUAAUAACGGAACGAAAGCGUUUCGUGGCAGAUAUUCGGAUGCUGUCACCCACUGAGCAGACAUCAGCCUUGGAGGCGCAGCACAAGGUGGUGUGUCAGUUUGCCCCAAAGUUCCUCAGCUUCUCCUAUGCAGCAAUGAAACAAAGACUACAUCUUGCUGCUUUGCAUUCCUUGGCAAAUGCAAACCGCAAGCAGGCUGAGACCAGACAGGGGGAAAAAAGAUACAGACUCUCCUAUCCUAAGUACAAUGCUGGACACCAUGUGGUUAAAGCAGUUAAAGAGAAUUGCACUUAUGACUAUGUUGAUGAAGUAAUGGCAGAGCUGCUUAGGAUGAAAGAGGAGUACAAGAGCGAUGCCAAUGCAAGGGCUGCCUCUGGCAACAUUCUGUUUUCACCGCCACCCCUGUCUUCAUCUGCAAACAGAAUCCUGAAGUCAGAGGCUGUUGCAAAGACGAUCAUGGAAUGGAAUGCCUUCAUAGCGGCCAGUUUCUACAGGGAGGAGGUGGUUGGCAGUGCGGAAUCUAAAGAUACUUUGGGACUCAUCGGGAUGAAUUUUAAUCAGGACCAGAAGCUUAAGCCACAAUAUUGCAGUAUCUGGGUUGAUAAGUUCAACCCCAACAGAUCCAUUUAUAUGCAGGUAGGGCAGCUAGAAUUGAUAGAGGCACAGUGUCUUCCCCCGGGGUCCUAG